CCUAAAAGUCUAAAGUCAUAUAUUGAAAAUUAGUUUUAAUUUAACAAUUUAAAUAAGUGAAUUUGUUAUUUAAAUCAGUUACUGGCCAAAGCAUUGAGUUUUAAAUCGGUAUAUUCACAGUUUCAGUAUAAUCCUGAUCAAGGCUCUUGUUGGCAAACAUUCUCUCAUUUAUUUGAUUUCAUUAGCACAGUUUUCUAUGGAUCAUGAAUGCACUUAGACUUAAUUUAAAAACACUUAACUUAAAAAAGAACUACACUGCACAUUAAAAAAAAGAAAGAAAGAAAAAAAAAGUCACUGUUUGGAUUUUGGAGUCUGUGAUUGGAUCAUUAUUGCAGUGAUUAUGUUUCUAGCAUGUUAUGUUUGGCAGCAGUUAAUUGAUGGAGUGUGUAGCUUUUCAUUUCUUAAACAACCAUGUAGGAAGACGUAUCAUGGCCAUGUUACAGGAUGACAAAGCCAAGAUUCAUCAGGCUCAAAUUGUGUCAGAAUGGUUGGGAGGGAGCAUGAAGAAUCAUUUUCACACAUGAAUUGGCACCUCUGAGUCCAGACCUUAAAUUCAUUGGAAGUCUUUGAGAUGUGAGUGUUGCUUUUCACUCUGUACAUGCUACCCUUGGGAGAUAUCAUUAGGAAGCAUUGCGUUAAUUUUCACUGUUACGCUGAUGAUACUCAGCUCUAUAUUUCUUUGCGCCCUGACGAAACUUACCAAUUCACAAAAUUAACGGAAUGCAUAGCUGAUAUAAAAAAUUGGAUGACCAGUAAUUUUCUACUACUAAAUUCAGAAAAAAAAAAACAGAUUCUAAUUAUUGGACCAAAAACCUUUGCAUGUAAUAACCUAGAAUACUGUCUAACACUUGAUGGCUGCUCUGUUAAGUCUUUGUCGUCAGUUAGGAACUUGGUUGUGUUCUUUGAUACCAGUCUUUCAUUUGAAAGCCAUAUUUCUAGCAUUUGUAAAACCGCAUUCUUCCAUCUUAAAAAUAUAUCUAAACUACUACAUAUGUUCUCAAUGACAAAUGCAGAACAGUUAGUUCAUGCGUUCAUGACCUCAAGGCUAGAUUACUGUAAUGCUCUACUGGGUGGUUGCCCUGCUCGCUUGAUAAACCCCAGCUGGUCCAAAACGCAGCAGCUAGAGUUCUUACUAGAACCAGGAAGUAUGACCAUAUUAGCCCGGUUCUGUCAAUACUGCAUUGGCUCCCUGUUAAACAUCUUAUAGAUUUUAAAAUCUUGCUAAUUACUUACAAAGCACUAAAUGGUUUAGCUCCCCAGUACCUGAGCGAGCUCUUAACGCAUUAUAGUCCUUCACGUCUAUUGCGAUCUCAGAAUUCAGUCCAGUUGAUAAUACCUAGAAUAUCAAAAUCAACCGCAGGUGGUAGAUCCUUCUCCUAUUUGGCACCUAAACUCUGGAACAAUCUUCCUAGCAUUGUUCGGGAAGCAGACACACUCUGUCAGUUUAAAUCUAGACUAAAAACGCAUCUCUUUAACCUGGCAUACACAUAACACAUUAUCAAUUAAUGUUUUCAAAUCUGUUAAAGGAUUGUUAGGCUGCAUAAAUUAGGUCAGCCGGAACCGGGAACCCUUCUUAUAACACCAUAUGUACUCGUUACAUCAGAAGAAGAAUGGCAUCUGUUUAUCCCGAGGUUUACCGUACUCAGCCGGAUCCAGGCCAUAUCCAGGUGAGAUCGAGGACCUAUGCCUAGACACAACGACAACACAGCCCUGAAGUGUCAGCAGAGAUUGUGUCAACUAGAUCAUGCCCUGUGAAGGCCUUACCAACACGACAGCCAGUGGAACUGAUCCUCAACAAACCGUCCCAUAUCGUCGUGAUGAAUAUGAUCCUCAACAAGAUGGAACUGGAAUAAAUACUUUGACUGUUGCGAUCCCAAUCAGACUGAUGAAAGCUGCCUGAAUCAUAAUCAUGCAUUGUUUGCUGUUGGCCAGAGGAGAACUGGCCCCCCGACUGAGCCUGGUUUCUCCCAAGAUUUUUUUUCCUCCAUUUUAACACCUGUUUGCCACCUGAUGUCACCUGUUGGAGUUUGGGUUCCUUGCCGCUGUCGCCUUUGGCUUGCUUAGUUGGGGACAUUUGAUUUUCAGCAAUGUUUUGGGCCUGCAUCGACGCCCUUGUAUGCGAACUGAACCGAGCUGGAUGAUGACAUCACUGUUUACUCCAGUGCUGAUAUAGAUAAAUUAACUAAAUUAUUAACUAUUGAUUCUUACAACAGAAUGAAUCAAUAUUGAAUUUACUUAAGCUGGAAAUUACACUAUUUUCUUUAAGAGCUGCCAUGCAGCCAAAAUUGUAUACCAGUUAUCACUGUAAAGCUGCUUUGACACAAUCUGCAUUGUAAAAGCGCUAUAUAAAUAAAGGUGACUUGACUUGACUUGUGCUGGAGUAGACUUUACAGAGUGCUCACCUCUUGCAUUGUCAGUAUAAGAUCUUGACCAAAAAUUGAUGCACCUCUUGAUGGAAAUACCCAACCAUUCUUUCAAAAUUUGAGCCUGAUGAAUCUUGGCUUUGUCAUCCUGGAAUAUGGCCAUGAUGUGUCUUCCUACAUGGUUGUUUAAGAAAUGAAAAGCUACACAACCAAUCAAUUAGAAUUAGAAAAACUAUUGCCAAAACAUAUAAUAUGCUAGAAACAUAAUAAUCACUGCAAUAAUGAUCCAGUCAUAGACUCUUAAGCAUUUGCCUAUUUAAAUCUAAACAGCGACCUUUUUUUUCCCUGUCCAGGCAGUGUAUGCUCUGGCAGUGUAUAUUAUUUGGUUCAAAAGUGCCUUUUUAAACAUGUUUAUCAGGGGCCAUAGUUAUCUUUGGUUUUUGGAAGCUCAUAUUUGCUCAAAUAUCAUGCACACUGACACGAUUUCUCACCCCAUUUUCUUCCUGUUAUGCCUCAGUUUUGACACUUUAAAAAUAACCUCUGAGCAUGAUGUUUCCAACACUGUUCCUGACAGUAAAAGUGAUGCGACUGAGGUGUUUGAUUUUUCACUUAACAGUGUCUUGCUUUCAGAUAAUAAAUAACUUAAAAUGUUCCCCAAAAGGUUUUGGAUUUUGUCACAAAGCUUCUAAACACUCUCCCAAAGUAAUCAAGUCUGUGAUGACACAAAGAGGUUGUUGGUGUCUGGACAGUUUCAUUUCAGCCUAGACUUAAGAAGGUUCAAACCUUUGCCAAUACUUUUCUUUUUCUAGCUUUCCCCCCUAUGAACGGCAUCCAGAUUGUAUAUGGUUACCAAGGAGACGUGUCUUUUGAAAAUGUAUGAAAUAUUCUCUUAGAUGAAGCCCCUGUUGUUGUGUUUGAUUGCUGAUAUUUUUUCAAAAUUAGUGUGUAUUCAUGCACAUGUAGCAAUCACGCUCAUUCAUACGCGCUGCACAAUCAGUGGAAUUGAUUGUGUUAAGAAAAUCAUUCAUAAUGUUUUACUGCUCUCUGCAGGGAGGAAAACAACCCCCUAGUGACAAUAGCUGUAAAAUGUGGCCCGUGUCCUUGUGCACUCAUUGGUGGGACAGCACCUUGGUGAUGAUCUCUCAUUGGCUACCAGCUGCUUUUGCCACGAACCAAUCGGUGCUUCUGUAUCCAAGUCAACUUGGAAUGUUGAGCUAUUUAAAUCCAGAGAAGGUGGAUCUGAUUUAUUAAAUUAUACAUUGAGAAGCGACUGAUCGCUGUAUAGGUUGAAAGUGACAACCUUCCAAAUAUUCUUAAAAAAAAAAAAAAAAAAAAAAAAAUUGAAGAAGAAGAAGAAAAAAAGAUAUGGGCUAUAAUAUUUCCAUUGCACACAAAGGCUUGCACACAAACACCUCGGUCAACGAGAAGCUGUUUGGGGUCUUGCAAUUUACAAGAUCAUAAGGGCUCUUACAUGUGAAAUAAUAAAUAAUAAUAAUAAUAAAAAAAGAUUAUGUUCAUGACUUCAGGUAGACCUGACAGGUUUGUCGUCUUUGCUUGUGUCAGCACAAUAAAACUGAGUCACUUGACUUAGUUUUCAUCGCCCUCUGCAGGUUAAAAUCCGGAUAUAUAUGUAGACUUAUAAUUUACCUUCAUUUCAAUGUUAUUUCAAUUACUUUUAUUUAUCUUCAGUGUUAUUUACCGUACAUACGUGACAAUACUACAUUCACACAAGUUAAUUUUACCACAAUAUUAUUGUUUUGUACUAAAAGAUACUGAACGUGUCUAAAUUUACCAAAUAAAAAUCAACUUGGUUACUUGUUGCACCUGAUUUUUUGAAGCUGUGAUUUACCGCCAUUCAUUUGAAGCGCGCGUCUGGCGUCUCUAUAGCAACUGCAACCACUGACACAAACACUGAUACACUGAAGCAAAAGUUUGGACCGUAGAGACACUUUUAUGAAUUUGUUUUUUUAAAACUAUUUUCUAUCUGUUGAACGUGUUGCGCGUUGACUGACCUACAUGCAACUAAUACAGUCAGCUUUACAGCUGCAAGGACAGAGCGACUGCAUAAAUUUUUUAGCAAAAACUGGGAUUGUGAAUUCAAGAUGUCACAGACAUACAGAUUCGGCUCGCCAGCGAAGGUGGAGCAGCUGCAAGAAGAACUAUCCGCUCAGAUUCAGGCUCUGAGGACUGAGAUCGAGGACAAUGAGAUUUUACAUAAAAUAUCCACAAAACCAUACAGCUCUGUCCAUAUUCCAAAAGAUGUGUCUUACUUUCAUAUGGAGAGACAGCAGGUGCUCCUCAAAGCAUUGCAAGUUUCGUCCACAAAGCCUGUUGUGUCACAAGCAGAAGUGGCUCAAAGAGAGAUGGAGAUCUGUCUGGCACAAGAGCACACACUUGAUGGUCUGCCCUUACUGCUGCAUCAGUUUUACACAGAUCAAACGUAUAAACUGGCACGAUGCAAAUACCAGCUGAUGCUGAGAUGGAGGAGAUUCGGUCGCCAUUCAACUGUCUUGGAGAAACUAUAUCCUCAAUAUAAAAAACAGAUCACACAUUUAAGCAAUGAAUUUGAGGAUUCUGUGCACCGGGCGCGUCGUCUUGCCGUGUCCAGAGAGAAGGUCCUGGUGGGUGUGGAGAGCCCCGUCGCUGUGGUCACACAGGAAGAUGUCAUCAUUUACCUGCAGUGGCUUAUUUGCCAUCUGCACUCCGUCAAAAGCAUCUACAACUUUCUGCAUGUUCUUCAUUAUCUACCUUCGACCGAGUGGAAUGAGGAUCAGAUGUCCAACGCUGUAGAUUUGACAUCUCCUGCAUAUUUUGCUGGGGUAUUUAUAUCAAUGUCAGAGCUCCCCUUGCACUCGACCAAUAUAGAGGAUUUUAAAGCACAACUGGACUUCCUCCUGUCACAUUACAACAUCCAAUACGAUAUCGGCACCAUCAAGACCACGGGAGAUGAAAUGGAGCUUUUUAGUCUGGUUAGUUACCUGUUUCGGACUGUUUUUAAAAAUCAGGAGGAGAUGAAGACCUCCUUGCAGUACGACAGCACUGAAGCGACAGACAGGAAGUUUGGGAGAAAGAGUCCAAACAUGACUCUCAGAAAAGAGUCCAACUGGAUUCCUCAUAUACAGAUGAAACCAAAGCGAGAUCCUUGGCUACAAAAACAAAUAUCCAAACUCAAGGAGCUUAGAUCAGUGGAUGAACUUCUCCAGAUGCACAGCAAGUUCCUGGAGGAGUCAGAUCUUCAUAAAGUGACUGAUGCUUUGAAGCAGUACACUGCAUCUGUUUGUCAACAUGAAAAACCUCCAUCUAUCAGCACAGCAACUCUCCAAGAAACUUCUGAUAUAUGGAGAAGCAUUUAUAACACAACAAACAUGCCUCAGGUGGCCAAUGGACAGACUUCUCAUUUAUCUAAAUAUGCAGAUCAGAAACACUCUGAGAAAAAGAAUAAAGGCAGUGCUUUUCUGCUUGAGAAAGAUGAAGAUGCUGAAGGUGCCAAGGAGCCUGUAACACUCAGAGGAGCAUAUGAGUCUUUAAUCUACCUGAGACACCUCAGGAUCAGAGAACUCAAGCGUACUUGUUUGAGCUUGCUGAACUACCUGCGGUCAGUGGAGAGGACUCUGGCGAUGGACGCCCCGGGUCUGGAGUUGGUCGGAGGAGAUCUGGUGAGAAGUAUGGAGGAGACGUGCUGGAUGAGUGCUGCUAAAAGACACAAUGGCUCUACUGGAGCUCUUGGAUCAAAUCACUUCAUCUACAACAGUCCGGUUGACCAUAAGGUUCACUGUGCCGAGUUUAUGGAGUUUCCCGAGGUGGAAAACCUCCAUGAUUACUACAGCACAGAUGGGAGCUGCAUCCACACGCAGGACCAGCGGGGUCUCUACAUCAUCUAUGAUGUGGCCCUGGUGGACCUGCAUAAGCUAGAGCAACAUCUGCUGCUCACUGCGUCUCAUUUCAUACAGAGGAGCAGAGAAUCACAUGCAUCUGAUGGAUCUGGAGGAGAACUUCACUCUUUGGCUAGAAUGGAUGUGGAUCGGUUGGCUGUGCUUUUAGACAUAUGGACAUGUGAAGCAGAAUUUCUGGAGCACAAAAUACAGCUCUUGAAUUGCUAUUUGGAAGCGUAUCAGCAUGUCACAGAUCCAGAGGAGCAGUUCAGAUUGGCUCAGGUCAUCACAGACGUCAUGCACAGAAGGCCACAGAUCGAUUUUACUGAUGGAUAUUUUGUUCAAGCUUACAGGGACACUAUUGUCUGCCUCCACAGCCACCAACAGUUCAUCAAGCUAGUGCUGAACAAUCAGAUUGAUGAGCAGCGGCAGUAUCUGGAGAGAAUAUGGAGGGAGGGACAGAAUGGUUGUUCUAGCGAAUACGGCCUGCCACCAAACUACAUCCCUAAACAUUUGGUAUCGGUCGGUGGAAGCAGGCCUUCUUUGAAGAGUGUGUAUUUUUUGGAGAUACACCCCUCAUUGUGUUUGGCGUCUCGGCUGUACGAGGGUCUUGAACAGGCCUGUACUGAACUAUUUGAGCUGCACAGAGCGAAAACACCGUCUCAGAGAGUCAAACUUGAGCAAAGGCUCUUGAAAACGGCCCUGUGUCGUUGGCACAUGCUUGCAGCUCCUGGCACCACCUACAGUUCUCAGAUCCAGAGAGAUUUGUUCUCAGAUGGGUUCAUGGAGGAUCCUGUUCUGGUCAGAGAGCUGGGAAUGUCUGUUGUGAGAUCUGCCGAGGAACAGGAGAGGAAACAAGGCAAAGACAGACAGUUGUUCAUGCUGAAGAUGUUCUGCACAUUGCUAGAGCUCGUCACACUCCGUCACCGCAUCAUUGAAUCAGCGUCAGAAACUGAACACCUGUCCCAACUAUAUAAAUCACUGGCCAGAGUGAUGGGCUAUGAUGAUGUUCAUUUGUACAUGCGGCCGGUGCAGUUUGAGUUUGCUGUGCGGAAAGAGAUUCCAAAACAACUUCCUGUGUUCAUCACCGCCCUCCAGGACGACAAACAGAAUGUUGACAGGUUUGUUCCAAACAGCCUGCCUCUCUGUGUUCAGGAACUUGAUGAGAGUCAUAUUGGCAAAUUUAGCUUUCAAUCUAACGAAGCAGUUCUACAGCUCAUGAAUCAGUCCAGCCUGGAGAACCUGCAGGUGGUUCUGGCGUGUCAGGUGGUUCAGAAGAAUGCGCUGAUUGGAGCACUUAAACAAGCAUCCUUGUGCUAUAGGACAGAGAAGCUGGAUCAAUCCUCAGAUACAGACCUGCCACUGCAGCAUGAGGGAUCUACUUCCUCCAAAACCAGGAAACGUGCCUUAGCUACUAGAAACAGGCUUGCAGGUGCUUUUGUGUCCAUUCAGCUGGAGAAAGUGGGAGUUCGAGAUGAAAUGCUGAAUGCAUUUAUAAAGAAGAAAGAACAGACGAGUGUGCUAAAGCUAAACUCUGAAGAUGUGGCCAGGAUCAAGAGGAAACUGAUUUUGGAGUUCUGUCACAAAUUUAACAUGCGCAUGUCACAGAGUUGUGUCCGAGGCCAGGUUGUUGCUCUUUGCCACAGUCUCACCUCACUGCUCUGUGAGGUUCCUCACAUUCGUGACAAUCAUUUUGUGAUGGGAACACCCAACGAAACCAGAUCAGACCUGCAGUCAGAGGACAGAUUGUGUCCUGAUCCAAGGACAUUUCAGCCUCGUCCCAGAAGACUGUUAUCAGCCGAUGGAAAGACUCUAGUAAAUCUGUGGUUCAUCCCUCAUUACACAGAAGUGCUGCUCAUGUUCAGAACUCUGGAGGAGAAGGAAUGUCACCAGGCUCUUCAAAACACAUUUCAGAUUAUUGCAGCUCUUCAUGAUGUUGUCUAUUACUUGGUGAGCUUUGCUCGGCUGGGGAAUCCAAACACUUCCUUCAGUCCUAACAGCGCUCAGAGGCUCACAGCAGACUGGGGCGGCUUAGAGAGCAUUGGGGCUGAACUGUGGGAUGUCCAGCGACAGAUUGACUCUCUCUGUGAGCCCAGAAGUUCAGAGAAUGUCGGGCGGCUCCUGCAGUUACACAGGGAUGUGCUCUUCCUGCGCUUUGAUACGGCAGUGCGCUACAUGAUCAGGGAGGCAUUCCUGUCCUCUGGAAACCUCUUAGCCUAUCAGAGUGUGAGUGAAAACAUGAGCCACGCCCUCCCUAUCAUGAGUGACAGCAUGCUGGGAGGAGCCAGUUUCCUCCCUGUUCCUCAGCCGUUAGAACCGGCCUGCCUUCAGGCACAAAAAUUGUAUCCAUGGAGAUCUUUUCUUGCAAUGCAUGGAUCACACCCUUUGAUCAUAUGGGACAUCUCGCCGAUUGAGCAUUACAUGCAGCUCUGCCUCUGUGAUCUGAAUGACCGUUGUAGAAUGGAGGCUAAUGGGGCGAUUCUGGGCGUAUCUCUGAUCAUUGAUGAUGUUCUCAGUAGUGGAAGAGAUGCAGCGCCCCUCCGGCUACAGACCACAGGAGACACCAACAUCACAGCAACGUCUGAUAGAGAAGUCCUUAAUGAUAACAUUGGAAAUGAGGAGAGAAAAAUGGAGGUUGUGUCUAAAAAUCAAGACCCCAUACACUCCCUGAUGAACCAGCGGGGAUUUUUACUGCUCUGGAAGCAGAUGGAAGUUUUUAAAGAGAGCUGGACUCAACGACAGAUGGGUGUUGAGACAAUAAACAGACCUGCACUGUUUAAACACUUCUCUCAGCUUUACAGGGUGGAGAUUUAUUUUCCCAGCAUGCAAGCUCUGGCCCAGCAGAUGGAUAAGGAGAAGGAAUAUGAGAUUGUGCUGUCUCAGACUCAGUCUGUCCUCCCACCACCUGGAGCAGCAGAUGUUGAUGUCAAAACAUGGCAGUUACUGAGACUCUUGGAGAUCACGGAGUGUGACAUGAUCCGAGCGCUUCAGAAGAGGAUUAACAGUGAAAUGACUCUAGUGAUGUCGGAGCGCUCACGGCAUGACACGGGGCUUCCCGCAGAACUGUGGAAACGGCCUUCAAUGAAACACAGUGUCUCUUUAGAGAGAAGUCAGAUUGUGGAGGAUUUCAUCCAGCGGUUGAUGAACAGUGCUAGGGGGGAGAUCAAUAGACAGGUGACGUUCUCCAGCGCUCAUCUGCAGGAGUGUUUGACUGAACUGGCUUGUGCUGUAAUGAAUCGUGAGCGGAGCGUCUUCCAGAGCUAUUCUCAGUUUUAUGAGCACAUCCUUCAACAGCAGGAACAACUACUCUACCAGAGAGAGCAGGAUGUUAAAGAACUAGAAGCCAAAGAAAUGCGGACCAGUGACCCCAACAGAACGGUGGCGGAUGUGUGUCGGGGGAUGAUGGUUGACAUCACUGCUCUGCGUGCUAGAGUAAGUCAACUGGAGGAGGAGAAGAGAAGCUUGGAUCAACAUCUCAACCUCAAACACAGAGAACGCUAUGACAAGCUGGUUCGCCAGCUCUUUUCCACAUGUGUUCUUCUGAAGUCACGUCUUGACAAAUACCAUAUGAAUAUGGACCAAGAUGUGCGACAGCUGGUGAGCAGCGUGAGGAAGGAAGGCGUGGACAAAAUCAUCAAACUGAAAAAUAAAUUGUCCUCCACUAAUGAUAAUGAGACCCUCAUUCACACACUUCAGGAGAAAGCGGUAUUAGAAGAUCUUCAUACUGAGAAUAGCAAGCUGGCUGGACUUCUGUGUAAACUGAGAGCUUUUAGCCACUGGAGGCUGGUGAUCGGUCAAGAGAAACUGCAAAAAGAGCUGCUGCAGUGGCAACUGAAUGAGGUGUCAUGUAAAACCGAAGCUCUUAAAUUGAAGAUGAUCUCAGAGCAGAAUGAGAUUGUUCGGAAACAAGAGCUUGAUGCUGUAAAGGAGGCCAUGCUGCAGUGUAAGAGUGACUAUGAGCACAUCAGGAGACAGAUCAUUCAGAAGUCUCAGAAGCUGCAGGACGUGGAGCAUCGCUCUGCACGAGACACACAAAGCCGACAGGAGCUGGAGAGCCUGAGGAGGCAGAGCCUGGAGCAGCUGCAGGAAGACGUGGAGGACAGAGAGAGUCAACUCAGGGCUCUAAGUGCACAACUCGAGAAAAACAGCAAAGAGACGGAGCUAUGGCAACAGCGCAACCACAAGCAAAUCAAACAUGUGAGAGGUCAGCUUCAUCAGGAGCGGAGUCUGAAACAAGAAGCGUUCCAGCAGGUGGACAAACUACAAAGUCAGAUGCACAAUAUUGAGGCAUCGUUGUGUAAAUCUACAUUCCCUUCAGGACGCCAAAGCUCCUCCUCGAGAAGGCUACGUUUAAGAAAUGCAUCGGCAGGUGUGCUCAGGAACAACUCAGUUAUGUCUUUUACAAACAGUAGCUUUAUCAACACAACUGAUGACCUCAACACUGAAUCUGGUUGGAGAGAGUCUUGGACACCUCUGGAUAGACCCAAAACAAAUUCCAAUCGCCUUCGUCUGGACAUUUCAGAGGCACUGUUACCCAGUCUUCCUGAUGGAAUCACAUCUUCUAACCACCCGUCAUACCAGAAUCUUAGAUUGGGUCACAAGUAAAUCAACUGAAACCACACAAACUGACACCUUUUGAUUUAUUUUGAGACUUCUUAUUGAUAGUGAUUGUAGAGAGAAGACAGGAUAUCCGUGGAGAGAACGGAGGUAGUUGGAGGCUGGAUCUGAAACUGUCUUCCACUUUUACUUGUGUCCAGUCUAAUCUAAAUGGCCCUGACAGGUCUGAUUUUUUUUUUUAUUAAAACUUUGCAUUAAUCAAAAAUGUAUGUUUAACCAUUAUUGGGUGAAUCUCAUGCCAUAUCCAGUCUCAUUUCACUACCAAAUCCCAAUAAAAAUUUUUAGGACCAUAAAGAUUGUAUUAUUUUCAUGACACAUUUUCCCUCAAAUUCUCUGUAAUGAUUUUGGGGUGGGACAAAUUCCUCAAUAGCAUUUUUGAGGAAUUUUGGUCACUUGAAAUAAAAUAAAUGUUAACUGAAAUAAAAUAAAAUAAAUUAAAACUAUACAGACAUUAAAAAUAAUAAAAAUGACAAAAAUGUAUAAAAUUAAAAACCAAUGCAAAAAAACAGUUUUUCUGUAAUUUUAUAAGUAAAAUUAUAUAUAUUAUAUUAUUAUUAUAUAUGUAUUAUAUUAUUAUAUAAUGUAUAUAUUAAGUAUAUAAUGUCCAAUAGCCAUUUUCAUUGCUUUACAGUAAAGAAUAUUAAAUUA